AUGGCGGCGACGGAGGCAGCAGUGGACGGCGAAGUUGAGGUGAUCCACAUGUGGUCCUCGCCGAGGUCAACGAGCACUAGCCUCAUGUACUCAUUUGCUCAGAGAGACGAUGUGGAAGUGCUUGAUGAACCCCUCUAUGCAACUUUUUUACGUGUGACAGGAGCUGAAAGGCCUUACAAAGAAGAGAUCCUGUCGAAAGUGGCUACUUUACAUGCUUUAUGUGAUGAUCUUGGUAUACCAUUCCAGGCUGCAAUGCUUAAAUGGGAACCUGGGCCUAAACCAUUUGAUGGAAUGUGGGCCCCCUAUUGGUAUGAAAGCACACAUAAGUCAACCGGCUUUAAGCCACCAAGGAAGUAUCCUUCUCCAUUUCCAUUAUCCUUAUAUGAUUUGCUGGAGCAAAGUUUACCCUUCUAUAACUUGCUUAAGGGCUAUGUGAGACGGAACCCAGCAAAAUCUUUCAAUCCCCCUCUUCCGGUACCUGCCAAUGAGAAGUUGCUUGCUUGGGUUGGUAAUGAGAUUGUGCCUCGUGAAAGUGCAAAGGUCUCCGUUCUUGACUCGGUUGUCCAAGGUGGUGAUGCUGUUUGGGAGGGUCUUAGGAUUUAUGAUGGGAAGAUAUUCAAACUUGAGGAACAUUUAGACAGGUUGUUUGACUCAGCAAAAGCUCUGGCUUUUAGUAAUGUGCCAACGCGAGACGAGGUGAAGCAAGCUAUUUUCAAAACACUAAUAAGGAAUGGAAUGUUUAAUAAUGCACACAUUCGACUGACUCUGACACGUGGAAAGAAGGUGACUUCGGGGAUGAGUCCAGCAUUCAACCUCUAUGGAUGUACAUUGAUCGUGCUUGCUGAAUUGAAGCCGCCAGUCUAUGACAAUGAAAGUGGUAUAAUUUUGGUGACAGCAACCACACGACGUAAUUCACCUAAUAAUUUGGAUUCUAAAAUUCACCACAACAACCUUCUUAACAACAUUGUUGCCAAGGUAGAAGGGAAUAAUUCACGGGCCGAUGAUGCAAUAAUGCUCGACAAAGAUGGUUAUGUUUCUGAAACUAAUGCCACAAAUAUAGUGAUGGGACUUGUGGUCAAGGAAAAUUUUCUUUUGGCUGAGCGGCGUAUUAGUCUGUCAGAGUUCCAUACAGCAGACGAGGUCUUCACGACGGGAACCAUGGGAGAGCUCAGUCCAGUUGUAAAAAUCGACGGUCGCAUAAUUGGUGAUGGUAAAGUGGGUCCCGUGACCCGACAAUUGCAAAAUGUUUAUAAAGAACUCACUGCAGGAUCAGGGGUCCCUAUACCCACCUAUCAACAACCUUGA